GACGGAGAAACGCAGUGGAAGAGAGGUGGGGUUUUACACUGCACCUGAUUGUCACAGAAAAACACGCCGCAGAAAGACGGAAGUCACAGAAAAAGAGACGACAAACAAAGAAAACAACUUUUAAUUGACGUGAAGAACCGGGACUUGAUUUUUACCACCAAACCUGAGUUGACGAGCCAAAAGUUAGGACGUUGAAGCGACUCCAUUCUGCAAGAUGAGGAGUCUCCGGCCCUCUGAAAGUCCCCUCAGUGCAGGUGUGCUGGGGUUGAUGGAGCAGCAGGACCCUCUAGUUUCAGAGACCAUGUCCGAUGGACAAGUGAUGUCCCCCACAGUCCCCUUUCCCAGGAAUUGUAAAGCCAGAGCAAGUCUACCCGUGGGCCGCUCAAGUGGUCAGAAAAGAGAGAAGCCAGAUGGUGUGUUGUACCUGCAGUAUGGAGAGGAGACAAAGCAGGUUAGAAUGCCAGCUGAGAUCAGCAGUCAGGAUGCUCUGCGGACUCUGUUCGUCACUGCCUUCCCUCAUCAACUCACCAUGAAGAUGCUGCAGUCUUCCAGAAUGGCCAUCUACAUCAAAGACAGCCGCCGCAAUGUCUACUAUGACGUGGAGGACAUCAGAAACAUCACAUCCAACUCCUGUCUGAAGGUUUAUCAUAAAGACCCAGUGCAGGUGUUCACCCGCCCUGCCAGACCUACCAGCGCAGAGGGAAGGAUCUCCAAGGAGGUACUGUAUGGCAGUCACAGUCCAGUCCACACCCUGUCGUCAUCCAGCCAUGUUACCCUGCAUGGCCUGCAGGGCUCCAUGUCUCCCCCAAUGGUACGCUCCAUGCCCUCUUCUCCCUCCAGGAUGGUGAUGGUGUAUGGUCGGGGGAACACACAGGGAGACACAGGGGUGGUGGAUCCAGACAACACCACAUUACCUCUGGAAUGCCUGUCAGGAUUUUGCCGAUCUAGUGCCAGCAGCAGUGUCAUAUUGGAGAGGAGAGAUGUCAAGCCUGAUGAGGACAUUGGCAGCAGUAAGAGCAUGGCCCUGGUGGUACAUGGUGAAGGAGGACCACAUUACCCAGAUUCCUACUGCUCCUCCCUGCAGGAUGGAGGAGGAGGUCCCCUCAGCAUCACCUCCUCCCAGUGCAGUGCUCCUCCCUCUCUCACUGCAGACAUGGUGGAUGCUGGGGUCCCAGGGAUCCCAGGGGGACUGCAGCAGUACCGGGCCUCCAUUAAACCCCUGAUGGGCUACGGAGACAGCAUGGACCAUGUGACCCACUCCAUCCACAGGCAGAAGAGCUGGAAGUAUGGACACAGCCAGCUACAUCCUCUGGGAACCAAAACCCCACCCGCUUCCCCUUGCAGAGUCAGGAUGAGUGAUGGACAGAUCACCGGAAGUGUGGGCCUUGUGUCUCCAGAGAGGAUGUCACAGGUUCGCCAAUCCCUGCAGCGGGACAGUAAUGGAGCUACAGUGGAGAUCACAAACAGAAGCAGAGGAAGAGGCUUGUCAUCUUCCACCUCACCUGUUUUUAUGAACAGCCCUCUCACACAACCUGAAAGAUUGUUUCAGGGCUGUGUGACUGCCAGCAACACCCAGAGUGAGAGAAUGAAAGCCAUGGAGGAGCAGAUAGCCAGCCUAGCAGGGUUGGUGCACCAUGCUUUGUCCAUGGGACCAGAUGUUCAAGGAGUCAAGGACACUGUCAGAGAGAAUGCUGGAUGCAAACUGCUCAACAACAGACCUGGGGUGUCACCUGAGCCUCAGAACCCUGCCACUUUGAUUGACAGCUGCAGUCCUGCCCUUCUGGCUCUUCAGGCUCCUCCCUCUGACAGCAGGCUGCAGCAGGGCUUGGUAUUAGCAAAGAGACGUGUGUGUGAGCUGCGACUGCAACUCGGCCAACUCAGACACCUACAGCUGUCAAACCAAGAGAGUGUAAAUGCGAUGCUGCAGAUGGCAAGUCAGGAGCUGUUGAUGUUGAUGUGUGAUCGGCUGGCUCAGUCUGAGGAGGCAGCAUACAGAUGGAGAGCUGAGAUAGAGGGGGAGAGGACCCGCUACCUGGCUACAGAGGACAGAAUACUCAUGCACCUCAGUGAACUGGAGGACUAUGUGGACCAUUUACAAAGAAGCACUACCUCCCCUCCUGGCCAGCUCACUUUAAGAGAUGUGGAGGAGGGAGCAAUACGCCUACAGAGGGUUGGAGAAGAUCUGGCUAUCCUUAAAGGUGAAUUUCCAGAGCUGCAAGUGAAGAUACGGUCAGUGCUGAGGCUGGAGUUGGAAGCGAUGCAUUUCCUGAGGGAGGAGCCUCAUAAGAUGGACUGCAUGUUAAAGAGGGUCAAAGUCUUGACUGAAGCCCUCAGUUCCCUUCGCAGGUGUGUGUCAGAGCCACCCCCUCCAGCCAGAUCAGCCCAGGUGGAGCCUCAAAAGGUUCUGGAAACAGACCAGGUGCCCCAGAAGACUCAGAGUCCUCACAGCUCCCCCAAACCAAAGCUGCGAUCCUCUGUCAGGCCCCCUCCUCCCACCACCCCACUCUCCGGGAGUCAGACUGAUGUCAGCAUGGUGGCCUCAGCCUCCCCCAUCAUGGCCCACAGAAUGGCAAGCACAGCAGCCACUGUGAUCCAGCCCCCACCCCACCUCCCCAGCCUCCUGCUGACACCCAAUCAUGGACAAGAGUUACUUACUGUGGCCAAGGUGAGUCCUCACAACAGAGAGGGGUGCCCCACCCUGCAGAGGAGACUGGACCCUCUGCAGUCCAAUGGACUCUGUAGUUCAGCAGGUGGAACACCAACACAGGAGAGCCACACUGACCAGACCACCACCACAGAGGGCAGUCUAAGUGGGGAAACCAGCAGUACAAACCAGUCAAGCACCAGCCAAACCAAGCAGCUAGCCACCUCUGACUCCAGCCAGCCUCCAUCCCCCAACACCAAGACAGAUUUCGAUCCGAUCCUCCCGGAGGCCCAGGCCAGCCUGGUGAUGGCUGAUAUGGAUGUGUCAAAUACCAGAGAGGGUCACUCUGAUUUUGCCUCAGGACAGAACACACCACUGGACCUGACAGGUUGAC